AUGUCGUCAGCUCAGCCUGGUUCAUGGCAGGACAAACUUCAACAAUAUUGCAACGCAAACAAAUUCGGGCCUCCCGUUUACAACAUUGUUUCCGAUCGUCGAGGAGGCCGCACAGCUUGGUCCAGCACUGUCACAGUCCAGAACAGAAACCUUCCUGCGCGAUACUGGUACGACGGCCAGUACCUCAACAAUGCGAAAGAAGAUGCUGCCGAAGUCGCCUAUAAACAAUUUAUUGGCCAACCGACUCCUACAUCUACAUACAUCCCCGCGGGACAAUUCAAGAAUUAG